GUCUCUCAUCAUCAACAUAUCAUAGCAACCACAAUCAACAAGACGCAAUUCACAAAAUUAACUUACUAUUUACGGUCAUCGAUAAUCUAUAAAGGAUGGGUAAAAGAUAGUGUUGCGUUCCGGGAUGUAGCAACACCUCUGACAGUGUAGAUUUAAAUGGCAACAAAAUUAUUUUGCAUCGUUUCCCAAUGUCAGAAAAGAAAGCACACAUCAAAAGACUAUGGAUUCAAAGAUUGAACAAUGUAAGAGCAAAUUUGGUGGUGAAAGACCAUACUAGAGUGUGCAGUGCUCAUUUUGAAGGGGCAUUUACAGAUGAGUCAAUACCAACCAUAUUCCCUAGCAAGCCAAAAAAACUGGAAACUCCCCGCCGACCAUUGAUUAGGAAAGUAGGCAGUAAUAAUGAGUUGAAUGAUGCUGAAGAAAAUGAAAACCCAGUUGGAUUGGAACCAUACAGCAAAUUCAGAUCAGUGUCAACCCAAACUGAUGAUGUAGUUUUAAACCAUGCUGAGACUAACACAGAAAACAUGUCUACUGAAACAGUAGAGGUUCAAACAGAGAGUUCCUUUUCUUCUGUUUCAGUAGAGCAUGUAGAGGUACAGGCAGACCUACCAAGAAUAUCCAUUGAAAACAUUCAAAAUGAUGAUGCAAAAGUUCGAUUUUAUACUGGGUUUGUCGGCUUUCAAGUCUUUUGGAUGUUUUUUAACACACUUGUCAAGCAUGGUGCUGAUAAUUUAAAUUACUGGGAAGGAGAGGCACGAUCAAUGGGACAAAAACCUUACCAUGAACCAGGUGUUUGUAAACCAGGAAAAAAAAGAUUUUUAAGGCCAAUAGACGAAUUUUUAAUGACUUGCAUGAGAUUAAGAUUAGCACUCAGACAUGAACAUCUUGCAGACAUUUUUCGUGUGUCUGAAUCUACAGUAUCCAGAAUAAUGAACACCUGGAUUAAUUUUUUAUAUGAUCAUUGCUUGACACUAAUAGCUUGGCCAACACGUGAACAAAUAAUGUGCAAUUUGCCAAAACUUUUUUACAGGACAUCCUGAUACGAGAAUUGUUGUUGACUGCACAGAAUUUUAUAUUGACAAACCAACUUCUUUGAAAGCUCAGUGGUUAACUUGGUCGGAAUAUAAACAUUCAAACACUUUUAAAGUAUUGAUUGGUGUUGCACCAAAUGGAAUGGUGACAUUUGUGUCUAGACUAUGGGGUGGAAAUGUAUCGGAUAGACAUAUUUCUCAACAUGAUGGUUUUUUACCGAAGUUAUCACCUGGAGAUGUUGUCAUGGCCGACAAAGGUUUCACAAUAGAGGAUUUGUUAUCAGCUGAUAUUGGUUUGAAUGUGCCACCUAGAGUGUCAACAAAGUGUCAAAUGUCCUCCAAAGACUUUUUCAAAACUACAAAUAUUGCAUCCGCAAGGAUAGUUGUUGAAAUGAAAAUGGAACAAAUUAAGAACUUUAACAUUUUGAAUUCUGGCAUUCCAUUAACUGAAGCCCAUUUAUCAGAACAAAUUGUACUAAUAUGCACUGCUUUGACCAAUUUGUUACCUCCACUUCUGAAGUGAAAAUGUUGAAAGGGAUAUAGUAAAGCCCAUUUUUUUUGGUUGGUACACUGUAAUUUUCUGUAUAGCUCAUGGAAUUUUUUUUUUAAAUUUUAGUUGUUUAACAUUAUCAAAACAUGUCAAAAAAUCCCUCUUUUACAUUUAUUAAAUAUGAUAAGAGAUUAAUUUAUACUGUCCAGAAGCAAAAAUUCAAUAUUUUAUUUUAUAAUUAUCCAAAUGCCAAUUUAAUGCAUGCAUGUGAUGAUGUAUAGAAUUAUCAACAAUCCAAGUUAUCAUGCUUAAAGAAUUCACUGUUUUAAUAAGAGAAAAUUAUUUAGUUUUUAAUUUUAUUCUGUUUCUCAAAAAUGAUUGACAAUAUAAAAGUUUCACAAGUAGGUGGGUUUUUUUUGUACGGAAAAUGAGCUUUACUAUUAAAUUGCUGUUUUCGUUUAU